AUGUUGGAUGGUACGGGCCCUAGCUACAAUGAACGUCGUCAUAUUACUGUCAAUCCCAAACCUUCAUCUGAAAAGAUUCCUGAGGCUAUUUCGACUAGUUCAGGCAAUGAAACAAUUCUGUCUACCAGCCCUGUUGAUGUGAACUCUAAUUUGAAAUUACCUAAAAGUAAACAUCGUAGAGUUGUUAAUCUUGAUGAAGAAGAAGAAAAUCAUAGUGGAACUGAUACUGGAUCAGAUGUAAUGUCGAUUAGAAGUUCAAAAUCAGGAAAAAAGAAGAAGAAUAGACCAAGACUUGAGAAAAUGUCGUCAAAACAUCGACUCGUAGAAAUUGAGAAGGCGGUUGCCGCGGAAAAUGACCCACAAAUAAAAAAAAAGAAAUCGAUUAAAUUCCGUCAGAAUUCCACGGAUUCGCAACAAAAAUCUGAUGCCGUGUUAUUUGAAUCACCACGUAGUGAAUCAGAGAUUAUCACAUUUGGAGAAGAUUAUAGACGAAAAAUCGAAGAACUUCGAAAUGAAAGUGGAUCUUCAUGGCUAAAAGUUUAUAACGAGAUGGAAUAUUCGAAAGAUGAAAACGAUAGACUAAGAGAGCCACCGAAGAUGAAACAGUUUUAA